AUGGUGCCUUUUAGUGUUUCUGUGUUCUUAUGCUCGUUGCUACUUAUAGUCGAUGCUAUAAAGAAUCCCAUCGUUUCCGGAUGGAAUCCUGAUCCUAGUAUUCUACGAGUCGGCAACGAAUAUUUCAUUGCUACCUCAUCGUUUGAGUAUUUUCCAGGCGUGCCCAUCUACAGAUCCACAGACUUGGCGAAUUGGGAGCUAUAUUCUCACGCAUUGGCCACACCUGAGCAUGCCCAGCUUUAUGGUGUACCCACCGGAGCGGGUGUUUGGGCGCCAUCGCUCAGUUUCAUCAACGGGAGAUUCUAUCUCGCCUCCAUGACUCGUUGGACCUAUGAUCCAACUGCCAGAGUCUGGCCACGAGUCUAUUUCUCCUCAUCAAAAGACCUAAUCACCUGGUCAACCCAAUUUGGAAAGAUAUAUCUGAACCUCAUGGCUCCAAACAACAACAUUGAUCGAAUCUGGGGCAUCUAUCAAUGCGAGAUCAGUUUGGUGACCGGAAAUUGUAUCGGAGAAUAUAUCAGUCUCUGGAAUGGAACUUUGCCUCAUAAUUCAUCUGCACGAGAUGAAGGUCCCAAGAUGUUUUAUAAGGAUUCUUACUAUUAUCUUCUCAUUGCUGAAGGCGGAACGGAUGAUUUGCAUCGAGCUACGAUUGCGAGGUCGUCUUCGCCUCAGGGGCCGUGGACUCCGGCACCUAAUAAUCCCAUUUUGUUCAAUGGCGCUUAUGGAUUUGAUAAUUUGACUGUUCAGUCGACGGGCCAUGCUACCUUUGUUGAGACACCUGAGGGGGAUUGGUACGCGGCAUUCUUGGCGAGGAGAAAGAUCAAUGGGACUUCACCGCUUGGUGCGGAGACUCUCUUGACAACAUUGACGUGGUCAGAUGGAUGGCCAACUCUGAAUGACGGGAAGCCGAUCCUUCUGAGUGAGUCAUUCGGCAGCGUGCCAGAUCAGCAUUAUCCACCUCCGCCGUUCAAAGAUACUUUCUCCACUUCCGAGCUCGAUCCAAGCUGGUACCAACUUCGCAUCCCGUACACGCAAAACUACGAAACUGGCAAACCUCGAAGUUCAAACCGACACCAUGGAAAAGGGAACAGCGAGACGAGCGGCCUGAGAUUCUCACCAAAUGUCUUCUCGCUAAGUGAUCGCGACACCCCGGCAGCAAUUCUUCGAAAACAAAAAUCUCUCAACAUGACAUUCUCAGCGACAUUGCUUCCAGCGAGUGGAUCACUCGGCUAUCUACAAAGUAUAGGUAUUUCGGCGUACUUGAGCGAGUUUCAGCAUCAGGAUACCGGUAUCAGGGGAUGCGUGAAUCAGACUGGGAUGUGCUUUUAUAGCACGUUGUUGAUGAAUGGCACUUCUGUGACAAACCAAAUUCCCUUGAACAGUACAACUAUCCCAGACAACAUCACUCUCAUCAUCCGAGCAGAGGCACCCAAAUACACUUUCGGCUUCAAAAUUGGCACCACUCCUAUCGUAUGGAUGGCAGAAAUUGAGUCAUCGUGGUUGGCAUUUGCACCUAUAGGCUUCUUUGUCUUUGAGGGAGCGAGCUUUGCAUUGUUUGCGAGUGGAAAUGGGAAUCCUUGGCCAUCUGACGCUCCUGUUGUUGGGUUCAAGGAGGUCAAUGAGGUAUAUUUUGAUGAGAACAUUCCAGAUCACGAUGUUUGGACGUGAUAGUGGGAAAAGAGUGAAAUUUUCGCGCUUGAUAUGGGAUAUCAGUCUUAAGAGCCUUGGAAAUGGUGACUGAACUAGACGCCAGAAGAGGAACUGGAUAUCUUGAAGGGUAAUCCAGGUUCUCUAGAAACGCA